AUGCUGCAAUUGCGUGUGGGACGUUGUGUAUGUGUGUGUGUGUGCGCGCGCGCGUGUGUAUCUCCCUCGCCCAACAGCAAACCAUUGAUAUCCACAUCGCCGGAGGACACAUGUCAACAUAUCGCGCCAAAUACACAACAUAUACGUAGUAUGCGUCUGGCUGUACUACAGAGCAUCACUACGUGUCGCACUAUUCAUGUGCGGAUAAAUGUACAUAUGCAUGCAUACGUCGACGAGCCAACCGCAUUGGGCUCGAGUCGCGACGUCGGCACCAAGGAAACGUUGACCGGCCGCAUUCGACGUGCAUGCGGCAGCGGCACCCAUGCCGUUUGGGUGAAAUAG